AUGACCAUCUCCACCAUUCUGCGGCCGUCGGUCCUCAAGACUGAUCUCCUCGACGAUGCCCUCGCCCGGAUGUACAACAAGUACAUCGAGCGGCGGCCGCACUUGAAGCCCGCCGAGUACGUCCUGUCGUACCCGCUGCCCGCCAAGCGACACGUGCUGCACCAGCUGCUCUGCAUCGAUCGCGACUUCCCAUACGACGACGAGCUCAUGAACUCUGUCGAGUCUUUCCUCGCGUUUGAGCAAACCCAGAUCGCCCCGGAGAACUUUAUCGACCCCGACGGAGAAGAGUACGAGGUGUUCCCCCAUCCUGAUCGCGACUGGCAGUCCGUCUCGGCGUGGAAGGGCAACAUGCUCCACAUCCAGGGGGACUACAAGUGGGCCAUUGUUAAUCCGGCGAACAGCGAGUUGAUGGGCUGCUUCGUGCCCGAGCACCGGUGUCUAGACAACCAGAUCCACACUGCCGCUGGACCAAGACUGAGGCAAGAGUGUCGGGAGGAUAUCAACAAGCGCCGUCGCAAGCGCCCACCACCCGAGGGCGUUCCGAUCAUCACGGGGGCGGGCCUCCUGCCGUUCGGCCACGUCAUCCACGUCGCUGGACCGAGCUUGGAGCGGAGAAGACAGGCGACGGCGGAGGAGGAGGACAAGCUGCGAAACGCAUACCGCAACAGCCUGACACUGGCACUCAAGCAGGCAGCCAAAGUCGCCACGCGGACCGUCGCAGAGUGGUUUGACGAGUUCAAAAAGUCUCCCAUGCGCGUGAUCUUCAUGCUCUGGACGGAGCACGACAUUGCCUGCUAUCAAGCGGCCAUGGCCAAGACCUUCCCGAACAAUCCAGAGUUCAAGGUGCGCAUUUGCGACCUUGUCCCGGAUCCGUCGAUCUUUGACAAUGUCGGAGGACUCAUCAUCCAUGCUGGCGCGGGACUCAGUGCCGACGCAGUCAAUGCCGAGUAUGGCCUGGGGCUCGACUACACCUCGCGAGAUCUGUUCUACAAGCUCUAUCCGGGCAUUGUGAAGAGCACGCCGCUACGAUCACUCUACGAGACGAUAGGGUAUGAGUGGGACGACCAAUGGGGCUGGAUCUUUGCGCACGCGCACCGCGUGCUGAACUGGGGCCAAACAUCAGUGUACUCUGACCUCAAACGCCUCGUAUCAACCCUAGACGUGCCGUAUACGAUCAUGACGUCGAAUGCGGACCAGCUAUUCGCUCAAUCCGGCUUCGACCCCGAACGCAUCUUCACGCCGCAAGGCUGUUAUGCGCGGUUCCAAUGCCUUGCUGCCUGUACACCGGAUUCCUUCUUCGACUCAAAGCCGUGGAUCGAGCGUGCCCUGCCCCACCUCGACCUACUUGACCCGCGCAUUCCAACCGAUAAGCCCGAGCUCAUCCCGAGCUGCGAGAAGUGUGGUGGCGCCGUCUUUCUAAAUGUACGCGGCGGGGACUGGUUCCUCGAGACGGCCUAUGUGGGUGCUGAGCAGCGGUACAAAUCCCAGGUCGAGGAGAUGUUCCGCACCGCCGAGGCGCAGAACAAGAGGGUCCUCGUGCUCGAGCUGGGGAGCGGGUUCAACACGCCCUCUGUGAUCCGAUAUCCGAGCGAGAUGCUGGCAGAAAAUGCGGAUCUGGUUCGGGUCAAUCUGCAGCAUCCCGAGAUCCACUCCCAGGUCGAGGGGAGGGGGUACAAGAUGGGCGCGGGGGAGUUUUUGGCUGCGUGUGUGGGUGGGCUGCAGGGGCGGAAGCGGGAAGCGGCGUAG